ACAUUGAGUUCCUUUAAAUCAAGACUGUAAACCCACCUGUUUAGAGUUGAUUUCAGCCCAUAAUAACAGGACCACUGACCAACAUAUCUGAUGUGCAUUGAUGUUUUCACCAGAUACAAUUUAAUGUUUGCUAACGGUCUCUCAACCAGAGACCGUUUGGAUGUGUUUAUGAUGUUUUUAUGUCUUCAUGAUGUACAUGAAGCACUUUGAACUGCCUUGCUGCUGAAAUGUGCUACAGAUAAGCUGGACUGACUAGAGAAGGCUGAGGAGAAAGGGUUGGCUGAUCUACAGAGUAAAGCACGGCGGUGGGGACAUUAGGCUGUGGGGCUGAUUGGCCAUCCGUGGGAAAGGACCCAGUGACUGCAGUGUAAACUCUUGUUUUUCCUCAGCCAGACCACUGAAUGGUUGGUCAUGGAUGGGUUCUCCGGCUGGGCAAUAACCCAGAGUGUGUUGCCAUGGCAACAAAGGAGCAGAUGAAGAAGAGAAAUCUGUUGAUGAAGCUAAAGCGUUAAGCUGGUGAAAACGUAGCCAGGAAAUAUGAAGGUGUCAAGGUUUCUGUGCUAAAGAGAGGACCAAAUCCCCACUGAUGGUGCGAGGCCUAACAAGAACCUUCUGCUGCUGAGCUGGACCGCGUGGGUUUUCCAGCCUGUACCUGGUCAUGUUAUGCUGGGAGAUCAAAUGCGUAUAGUAAACGUUAGCUAGGCUUUUGGACUGAUGUUUUAGCUUUCUCCAUUAAAAUGACCUAGCAGCUGUUUCCCACCUCAGUUAGGGAUGAUCUCCUCGCUGGGUCUUGGUUUUCUUUCUCUCCAGAGUGAAAUGAUGGAUGGGUGCUGGACGUUCCUCCUCCUGCUGGGCCUUUCUGCUGUGGUAACGGGACAGCCAAGGCAAGAUGUGGAAACAGACGCCUCGGGGGUCAGGAACCUGACAGGCAGGCUUCUGCAGGUCAUCCCUCCUAACCACAACAGUUCAAAUGUUUCCACACUGCUGAUCAAAGGCAACCAGAUUACUCUGAACGAGACGGACCGACAAGCCCUGGCUACUUAUCCCACGCUGGUUGAACUCCAUCUAGGUGGUAACCGGGUCACUGCUGUACCAGCCAGGUGCUUCUCUGGGUUAUCACGCCUCAGAGUGUUAUCUCUAGCCAGAAACCGCAUCAGCAGCCUGAACCCUGAGGCUCUGUCUGGCUUGGAUGCUCUAGAAGAGCUGGACCUGUCCAACAACAACCUGACUGAGCUCCCCGCCAAGAUGACCGAGCUAAAAACCCUAAAGAUCCUGCGCCUGGAAGAGAACCCGUGGAACUGUUCCUGUCCUCUGCUGAACGCCAUUGGAAGCUUGAAAGAAGCCCACGUCAUUAUUGGAACAACAGCCAGCUGCUCAUCUCCAGCAGAGCGCCAAGGAAGAAAACUCCUGGAUUCUAUCAACCUGUGUUCCACAUCCUCACCAGGCCAGAACCCGCCACCAACACCAGUCACCUCUCAGCAGACCAAAGGAAUCAGCAAUAUGCCGGCGACCGCUGCAACAAGUCCCAAUUGUACCAUCAGUAAAGCAGACCAGAAACCUGCGCCUGGCAACACGUGGAAGUUCACGGCCUGCGUCGCCGCCUUGGCGCUGACCACCUGCAUGCUCAUCCUCGCCGCCAUCAAGGGGCCGUCCUGGUACAAACGCAUCCACAACUACAGACAUCGGAGACUGCACCACGACGACGACGACGAGGAACCGCAAACCGUGUCGGCGGUCUUCAGAGAGACACGGGGCCAGCACACGUUCAUGUUUGAGGAGCUGAGUCAUCAGGUGGAGGAAGGAGACGAGGAGGAGGACGGAUACUUUGAGGAUCCGUACAUCAAGAAGGCCGAGGAUGCAGACGCAGAGAUUGUGGGAGGAACAGAGGCUCACUGAGAGGCUGGUAUCAGAUUAAGACGUGCUAGAUCUAAUAUGAGGCGAUAAGAAACUAGUUGUUUUGUUUCUAUAUACUUUGAUGAAUUCCAGUUUAAAGUUUAAUGACCCUACUCCAUGUCAUUGUGUGCCGGAUUGUAUGGUUGCUGUAAUGGUGUUCAGAGGUUUAUGUAAUGUGUAGUGCUAUUCCAACAUAAAUGUUCCUUGCAUCUUA